CUUGUAUCUCAGCAGGUGACCUCUCACCUCUCUGAAAUAUCACUGAAAGACAAAACACCUGAGAUGCAGGAAACAAUGGAGUCCUUGCACAGUGAGGGUUCAGACAGUGAAAUGGAUGAGGCCACAGGUUCAUUAGUAGAUUCUGCUGGCUCUUCCUCUUUAACUGAAAGCUGGAGUGAAGUUUCAGAAACAUUACUUGACGUUAGCAUAUCAGACAAGACAAAUGGCAAUCAAACCCUGCCUUCACCAUUGCUCAGCAUUCCAGCGCAGGAGUGCAAUACACAAGAGGGCCAUUCUCCGAGGCUACGGGACAAUCAGAAUGUGGCAGAAGGUGCUGAUCCUCUGAGGAAGCAAACCUCAGAGCCCAAUUUGGAUGCCCCUCCCAGUGACUUGCAUGCAGAUUCUGGAAAACCCACAGGUCAGGAGGACGUGGUGGAAGAAAUUCAGACCACAGACCAGAGACAUGAUGAGAAAUACAGUAAUGCUAAUAAGACAAAGAAGGAUUUCGGAAAGUCCCAGGAGGAUAAUACAGACGAGAAUGCUAAUACGGGUCAGAGUGCUGGUUCACCUAGUCAAACCAGUACUGUCCAGCAGAGCCGGGAAUCAGAGACGCAGUCGGCAGGAAAUUCACAAAUGGUCUUUGGCCCAAGGAGCAAACCAGAGGUUCCUAAAAAACCUAACAGCAGUGGUAAUGAGGCUAAGAGGGAUACAGAAGACUCUAAUGUGGACCAGAACACCGGCACAAGUAGGCAAACCAGACAGAAAACUAAAGGUGCUCAGCAGAGUCAGGAAAAGAAGACACAGCCUGCAGAAAGUCAGCAAAAAGUCUUUGGCCCAAGGAGCGAGCCAGAGGUGUCUAAAAAACCAAGCAGCGGUGCUAAUGAGGCUAAGAGGGAUACAGAAGACUCUAACGUGGACCAGAACGCCGGCACAAGUAGGCAAACCAGACAGAAAACUAAAGGUGCUCAACAGAGUCAGGAAAAGAAGACACAGCCUGCAGAAAGUCAGCAAAAGGUCUUUGGCCCAAGGAGCGAGCCAGAGAUGUCUAAAAAACCAAGCAGCAGUGCUAAUGAGGACAAAAAGGAUGCAGAAAAGUUACAGCAGGCUAACACAGACCCGAAUGGUAAUGCAGACCAGAACGGCAGCACAAGUAGGCAAACCCGACAGAAAGCUGAAGAUGCUCAGCAGAGCCAGGAGAAGAAGACACAGUCUGCAGGAAGUAAGCAAAAGGGCAAAGGCAAAAAUGCUGUAAGUGACACAAAAGUAGAGAAAAUGCUGGUCCAACAGACUGGGCAUUCAAGUGAAGAGUCUGUUCCAACAUCCCAGACUCCACAAGACUCCAACAAGGGAACUCAGAGAAAAGACAGAAAUGAAAAGAAAGAAACAAAGAAAACAGAUUUACCACCACCUAACAGAAUAUUGCCCGAGAGUCCAAUUCCUGCAGAUGACAGGCUCACUAUUUUCUUCCACGCAGUCCUUUCUAAGGAUUUCAAAAUGGACCUGAAAGAGGACCGUGUUUUUUUGAGGGCUGAUCGUCCUAUUGGUUCCUGGGAAAAAAACUUAAUUGAACUUUUCCCAACUCGGGAUUUAGGAGAUCAUGGAUUUCUUGUGGAAGGAAAGCUAAUAACAACCAAAACAUUGGCAGCAACUGUUUCUAUCCCAUACAAAUACAUUUUUUAUAAAGCCAAAGACAAGGAAUACCACUAUGAGUAUAUCUAUAAACUGGACACUGAAGACAUAACAAAUCGAUGCCUUUUUGUCAAAUCGCACCUGCUCAGCAAAGAAGGGGAUUGGCACCAGUAUGAUGACAUCAUCUGUGCUCCUCCCAGCAAAAGCUUUUUGAAUCAACUCAAAAGUAUCAUAUGGCCUGAACAUCGUAAAAGUCUGAUCGAAGGCCGAGAUCUUGCAGGGAAGAUCAUGCUGGGAACCAUCUUUGAACUCCUGCGAAGCUGGAGUGACAUUAACCUCAAUAAUUUCUUCUGCCAGCUGAAGCAAUUUCAACAGAUCUAUGAAAAUCCUUUUGUGUAUGAGGGGAUGCAUAAAAAAUGGAUGACCCUAGAAUAUGGUGAAAAAGAAGUCAAAAACCUCAUUAAGGAAUUUGCACUAGACAACCUACUUCUUAACACGAAGGACCGUGAAGCGAAGGCCUUCUAUGUUCAAGACCCUUUAAAGGCUGCUGUAAUAGUGCUGUAUGUCUGUGAAAAGACCUACAUAAAGCUGGACAGGACAGAAUUAUUACGAGUAUGUACAGCUCUGUGCUUACCAAAAAUGCCAAAAGAAGAAUUUCUGGUUUACUGGGCAAGCUUGGUGGAAUCUUUUUCAGUUUUCCACAACUUGUCUGAGAAGGUUUUGGAACUAAUGAUACGUGUGAAGGAAAAUCGCAUGCCUCAUUGGGUCAUCGUGAUUCCUUUUCUUCACUUCCUGAGACGAUCCUCUUCACCAUUUGAGCCAGUUUCUUUCACUCCUCCCUCCAACAACUACUACUACACCUGGGCUGGGCUCCAGGGCCUGCAAUUAGGUGACCAGCCUUCAUUAGCAAGUGGAAACAUGAGGCAACUGCUAAAUUUUAUGAAAAAAUACUCACACCUGGUAGAAGCAGACCAACUGCUGGUGCGUUCUUGGAUGUUCUUGAUGCCUUUGGAGCUUCUGGUCGAGUUCAGUUCCAUUGUACCAUUUGACCUUCUGAACUUACUUCACGCCUUCACUUCCAAGGCACCAGCUGACAUCUCAUAUAGCAACAGUUCGGAAGUGUCAGAUACACUGAAGUAUAUUCAGGAAAAUCUCAUUGAAGAGAGAUACAGUUGCCAUAAUGAGGGUUAUGGACGGGAAUGCCUGGCAACAUCAGUAAAACUGCUGGAGAAGAUCUGCAGAGGGGUUAAACUCCAGACUUAUUCUCAAGAGAUCCCUCUGAUGGCUGCUAAUCUAGUUGCCUCUGUUUCCCACUUUAUCCACUCUGGAGAAAUGCAGAAGGAAAUAAGCAGGAGUCAGUUGAAUGCCAAGGAUGUACAUCUUCUCUCGGAGGCCAUGAAGACGAUGAGAAGUUGGAUCACACAGAAUUUCAGGAGCAGCUUGUUAAAAAGCUCUACCUUCUCUUCUAGGUUUACGUCAGAGAUUGAGGUUUGGAACAACUUGAUUUCUCUCAAUUUUGGCAGUGAAGAAUUCACAGAGGAAUGGAGACAAAUGUUUAAAACAGAUUUGGCGGGAAAACUGAAAAAGGAGUCUCCUUUGGUUCAAAUUAAGAUGUACUGCGUUAACAUUGAAGAGAUAAACAAUUCAUAUCCUCAUGUUGCAAUGGCUGUAGAAGAAUGUGCCCUCCAGGCAGUGAGCUGCAUUUGUCAGGCGAAGGCUGAGCAAAAACUUUUUGAGAAUUUCCAAAUAGACUGGAGGUUCGGAAAGUUGGUUUCCACCAUUAUUCACAAAUCCUGGCCUCGAGACUCUAGUGGGCAUUACUUGGAUGGAGAUGAGGUGGUCCUCCAGCACCUUCUCAACUGGAAUGCUGCCAAGAAUAUCUUCCAGCUACAUGGUUCAGAUGAGAAGGUCAUAAGCCAACUUUCUGAAGACGCCGCCCAGAGGAUUGCUAUUGCAAGUUCAGCUUUUGCAUCAGUUUCAGAUCAGUUUCUCAGUGGACAUAUCCCCAUUAAGCUCCUCAAUCAUAUCCUGAAGAAGAAGGACAUCUUUGUAGAACUUCUGAAGAUAGACUGUCUGUCUAACAGUCAACAUUGCAAGGACAGCUCAGCUAUGGGGAGGUUGCUGCGAUGGAGGCAAGAGGAGGUGAAGGACAUUUAUCAUGAGAAACAUUUAGUAGAGACCCUGCUUGUUAUGUGUCGCACACUCCAGGAGCACAUCAAAGUGGAUUUGGCUGACCUGGAGAAAAAGCAGCAGGAGGAUAUUGAAACAAUGACCCUUGACCAGUUCAUGAAAGUUCAUCUGCUUGAUGAAACUGUCUCUCUGGAGACAGGCAUGGUGACAUUCUUCAAUAUUGAUAAAGAUGUGAGACAGAUGGCAGAGGUCCUGCAUACUGUUAAAGACAGCUACAUAUUUAAAAUGUGCUGGGAAGGCCAGGCCAGACAGAAGUCUAAAACUCAUGAUGAUGAGGAGGAGGAGGAGGAGGAGGAGGAGGUGGAGGAUGAGGAUGAUUCAGAUGAAAGUGAAGUUAUCCACACACUGGAUGUGAUACAUGAAAGAAUUUUUACACCAUGCUACAAGAGAUAUGAGUGGAUCUAUGUAAACCUGAAGAAUGGUAGUCUAAAACUACAGGAUGUUGAUAACAUCUUUGAAGCCUAUAAGGAUAAGUAUGAAGAGCUGAGGGCACAUCUGGAAAUCAUGUGCCAAAUGGACCGGUCUGAUGACAAAAGAUGGAUUGAGAGAAGGAUUCAGCAGAUUGAACAGUACCAUGAACUUCACCUGGCUGUUGAUUCAGCCAAGGUCAUUAUGAACGUCAAGGACACACUUUGCCUCCAAGGCAAUUUCAAGGUCCUUCACACACUGCUUGAAGUUACUCAUGUGAAUUUCAAGCAAGAGAGCUUGGACCGCAUUGACAGUGACCUAAUGCAGGCCAAGAAGGUUCUGGUGGAUAUCACAGAGUCCCGAAGGCAGUGUCUUGAAGAGCUUCACAUCAGAAGAAACUUUGUGGUGUGGGUUAAAGAGGCUCUUGAGGAUAUCAAUGAGCUGAAGGUUUUUGUAGACCUGGCGUCCAUCUCUGCUGGUGAGAAUGACCUGGAUGUUGACCGUGUGGCCUGUUUCCAUGAUGCUGUCCUUGGCUACUCCUCCAUGCUGUAUGAUCUAAAGCCCGAGGCAGAUUUCCACAGCUUUCAAGAGGCACUGAAAAAAUUGUGGAAAGCUCUUGAGAAUGACUUCAACUUACCCAAGAAAUUGCGUGACACUGCCCGCCACUUGGAAUGGCUGAAGACUGUGAAGGACAGCCAUGGUUCCGUGGAGCUGUCCUCCCUCUCCUUGGCUUCAGCUAUCAACAAGAAUGGCAUCUACAUAAUCAGUGCUCAGAACCUCUCAAAGCUGUGUCUGGACACAGUAGUGAAACUGAAGAUACCAGAGGAGCAUGAGGAGGGGCAAGAGAUGCGUUGCUAUAGCCUGGAGGACCUAAGGGAGCUGCAGAACAAGCUAAUGCUGAUGUCUGGGAAGGGAGAGCAGGGCCAAUGCGAAGUUGAACGCUUUGCAGAGGUUUUUACGAAUGUCCAGAGACUGGCUAAGGCAUUUUUGGACUUGUUUGCUGCUGGGAACCCCCUGUUUCGGUGCUGGGAAGCUAAUAUUAAUUGUAGCCCACACAGUGAAGCAGGAAUCAUCAUGGACUUCAGCUUGGAUGGCAUCGUGAAAGAUGUCAUGGUAGAGGGCAAUAUGGUGGAUCAGCUUCCAGAAUUGUGCAGAAAGAUGGAGAAAUGUUUGAGUUUCUGGAACAACUUCAUGGACAAGCAAAGAAGUCUGUAUUAUUACCUCAAUUAUUACACAGCAGAGCAGAUUGUGUACCUGUGUAAUAAUCUUACUCAGAAAAGUAUGAAUGAGGGUUUAGAGGACCAAGUUCUAAUGAUGCUGUCUUUUAUCAAACCUAACUGCAGCAUUUUGCACUUAAGGCAGGCAUGGCACCAGCUUCAGUAUGAAAUCCUCACCACAAAGCCUAAGCAAAAUGAAGAAAUUGACUUUCAGAUGUCUUUUGAUGUGACUGAAAGCAUGCAGACAGACCCUAGCUUUGUAGAACAAGACCAUUCCUUAUAUUUGCUAAGCCAUGUGGAGCAAGCUUGUGGUUCAAGAAAACUGGAUUUGGUGUGGAAUGCUUACAUGAAUGACAUGAAACAUUUUCUGCCAGACUUUCUUGACAUCAGAAGUCUUGGCAUGCUGCUGGAAAUACUGGCACAAAAUGAGGAUGAAGAUUUUUUGGAAAAUCCUGUGUUCAGGACCCUGCCAAAAGGCUUAAUGAAUGGACGACCAAAUCUCAUUAUUUGCCCAAAUGCUGAAAUCCUGUUGUCCUGCAUCUCCAUCUACAUGAACACUGAGCAUGUGCAACUGCCCACCUAUGAUGAAGUUCUGCUUUGUACUGCUAGCACUCCAUUGGAGCAGGCUGAACUCUUCCUCAGACGCUGCCUCACUCAUGGUGGUCAAGGAGAAAAAAUCUACACUAUGCUCUAUGCCGAUCAGCUACCCUAUGAGGUCAGCUAUAAGGUUGAGCAGUUCUUCCAAAGACUGGAAACGCAGUGCUGUAAGGACUAUCGGCUAGUGAUCAUUUGUAACUCUGAACGGGAACAUGCUUAUCUUCCUUCAGCUUUCAGUCAGUUCAGGUUACACAUGAUCCCUCUAGAGCCCCUGGAUAGGAUCCAGAGGUACCUCUGCAGACAUUACACAGUGCCAUUGGAGCAGUCCAGUGCUGCAGCUGUGUUUAAAGAGAGUCUGUGUGUGGGAAUUGUAUCUUCUGUUAGAGCUGGAGUGGGUAAAUCACUUUACAUUCAGAGACUGUAUGAAAAAUUGAAGAAAGAGACAAGCAAAGAAACGAUGCACAAGUGUAUUCGCUUGAUUGAGCCAAGGGUGGAUGAAAAUUUUAUCAUGAAGUCCUUGCUCAGCAGCAAUUCCCAGAUGGCACUCACAGUUUUCCAUUUUGAUGUCACAUCUUCAGUCCAAAAAGGCUUGCAUGAAUUCCUGUUCAAGCUGCUGGUACUACGCUACUUGAUGAAUUCUGAAGGAAAGAUGUGGAAAUGCAGCAAUCAUCACUUGUAUGUAGUAGAGAUUCUGGAGUCUACAGGGAAUUUACCCAAGAGUGCUUCAAGACCUAAUCCAAAUGCCCACUAUGCCUUCCUUGAUGUCUUUCCAAAAAUCUUCUGCCAUUCCCCUAAAGAGGUUCUUGAGAUAGAAAUGAGAAUGCAAGAUGACACAGCCAUGGGAGAAUCUGAUAACCCACUCAUGGAUGAUCAAGAGUUUAGAAGUGAGGCCUUCCAAAGGCCUUAUCAGUAUCUUAAGCGAUUCUAUAAUGGUGAAUGCCUUGACAACUUUUUUUACAAUGGUGUUGAAGGAACGCAUGUGGAGUGUCUGCAGAUGUUUUUUGUUUAUUGUGGCAUUGUAGACCCAUCCUGGGCUGAACUGAGGAACUUUGCGUAUUUCCUUAAUGUGCAGCUCCGGCACUGCGAAACGUCAGUUUUCUGUGAUGUAAACUUAAUUGGAGACACUCUUCAAGGAUUUAAAAACUUUGUUGUGGACUUCAUGAUUCUCAUGGCAAAAGAUUUUGCAACACCCUCUUUAAGCAUUUCUGAUCAAAGUCCUGGUAGACAGCAGGUGGACCUUGCUGGAGUAAAUGAGGAAGAUUUGGCUCCCUUCCUUAUCAGAAAGAGGUGGGAGCGAGAACCACACCCUUACAUCUUCUUCAAUGAUGACCAGGAGUCCAUGACUUUCAUUGGAUUUCACCUUGAAGUCAAUGAGCGCAAUUUGGUUGAUGCCAUUGAUCCAGAGAAAGGAACUGUUAUUAAGAAAAACAUCAUGACCAGAGAGCUCUAUGAAGGUCUGAGACUUCAGAGAGUCCCUUUCAACAUUAAUUUUGACGACUUGCCCAGAGGAGAGAAGAUUGAGCGAUUGUGCAAUGUACUGGGAAUACAGUGGCCUUUGGAUCCUGAUGAAACCUAUGAGCUCACAACCGACAACAUAUUGAAAAUGCUUGCCAUUCACAUGCGAUUUAGGUGUGGCAUCCCUGUCAUUAUCAUGGGGGAGACUGGCUGUGGGAAAACUAGGCUCAUAAAAUUCUUGUGUGAAUUGCGGAGAAGUGGUGUUGAAACAGAAAACAUGAAACUUGUCAAGGUUCAUGGAGGAACCAGCUCAGAAAUGAUCUACUGCAAAGUUAGAGAAGCUCAGGCUAUUGCUGUUUUAAACAAGCAAAACUACAACUUUGAUUCUGUUCUCUUCUUCGAUGAAGCUAAUACAACAGAGGCAAUCAGCAGCAUCAAGGAAAUAGUUUGUGACAACACUGUAGAAGGAGAGUCUUUGGAGCCAGGCACAGGUCUGCAGAUUAUUGCAGCAUGCAACCCUUACAGGAAGCACACAGAUCAGAUGAUUUCUAGGUUGGAAUCUGCAGGUCUGGGUUACAGAGUCCGAGUUGAAGAUACCGAGGACAAACUAGGAUCCAUUCCUCUCCGCCAGCUAGUGUAUCGUGUUCAAGCACUGCCGCCCAGCAUGAUUCCCCUGGUAUGGGACUUUGGGCAGCUCAAUGAUGGCACUGAAAAAAUGUACAUCCACCAAAUUGUUCAAAGAGUGGUCGAAGCUAAUUCAAUUAAGAAAGAAUACAUAAAGAUCAUCACUGAUGUCCUGUCAUCAUCACAGAAGUACAUGAGGACAAGAAGAGAUGAAUGCAGCUUUGUUAGUCUAAGGGAUGUGGAGCGUUGCAUGCAGACUUUUGUGUGGUUCUAUAAAAACCACAGUAUGUUCCUAGAUGAGUUGCAGAAAUUUCUGAAGGAAGACCAAAGGCUGUCUGCUGAUAGAAAUCCUGUUCUGUGGUCUCUAGUAAUGGCCACUGGUGUUUGUUAUCAUGCCUGUCUGGAAGAUAAACAGAAGUACCGAGUUAAAAUUUGCAGGCACCUUCCUGGAUCUUACAGUAGCCAUCAAAAUGUACUGCAAGAAAUUUCACGCAUGCAGGACCUCUUCCUAAGUGGUGUUCCUCUGGGGAAAACAAUUGCAAAAAAUAAUGCUCUUAAAGAGAAUGUAUUUAUGAUGGUCAUCUGCAUUGAGCUACGAAUCCCCCUUUUCUUAGUUGGCAAACCUGGAAGCUCAAAGUCAUUGUCCAAGACCUUGGUUGCAGAUGCUAUGCAAGGUCAAGCUGCACACUCAGAGCUAUACAAAAAGCUGAAACAGAUUCAUCUGGUCUCUUUCCAGUGCAGCCCUCACUCCACCCCGGAGGGUAUAAUCAAUACCUUCAAGCAGUGUGCUCGCUUCCAGGAGGGCAAGAACCUGAUGGAGUAUAUAUCUGUUGUAGUGUUGGAUGAGAUUGGAUUGGCAGAAGACUCACCAAAAAUGCCUCUCAAAACACUUCAUCCUUUGCUGGAAGAAGGAUGCAUUGAUGAUGAACCACUGCCUCACAAGAAAGUUGGCUUCAUUGGUAUUUCCAACUGGGCUUUGGACCCAGCAAAGAUGAACAGAGGUAUUUUUGUGUCUCGAGGUGACCCUGAUGAAAAGGAACUGAUUAACAGUGCCAAAGGAAUAUGCUCCUCUGACAAGAUGAUUCAACAGAAGGUGCGAGACCUCUUUCGGCCUUUUGCCAGAGCCUACCUGAGUAUUAGUAAAAGACAGGGCAAGGGCUUUUUCGGCCUGCGAGAUUACUACAGCUCGAUAAAAAUGAUGUUUGCAGUCACAAGGACAUCGAAGCAGAAACCAACCCCUAAGCAAAUUAUGGAAGUAGUGCUCAGGAACUUCAGUGGCCGAGAUGAUAUUGAUGCUGUGCAGGUGUUUGCUGAAUGGUUGAAUUUCAGUUCCACUCUGGAAAAUGUAAACAAAAUUGAUUUGGUGAGACAAAAUAUCUCUUCUAUAGGACAAGAAGACUGCCGAUACCUCUUGGUGCUAACCAAAAACUAUGCUGCCCUCCAGAUAUUACAACAGACAUUCUUUUCUGAACGCUGUCAGCCUGAGAUUAUCUUUGGAUCCAGCUUUCCCAAGGACCAGGAGUACACCCAGAUUUGCCGAAACAUCAAUCGUGUGAAGAUCUGUAUGGAAACGGGUCAGACUAUUGUGCUGCUGAACCUUCAGAAUCUCUACGAAAGCUUGUAUGAUGCUCUCAACCAAUAUUAUGUCUCUUUGGGAGGGCAGAAUUACGUGGAUUUGGGAUUAGGAACCCAUCGUGUCAAAUGCCGAGUGCAUAAAGACUUCAGGCUUAUAGUCAUUGAAGAGAAGGAGGUGGUCUACAAGCAAUUUCCAAUCCCACUCAUCAACAGACUUGAGAAACAUUACCUGGACAUCAAUACUGUCCUCAGGAGCAACCAAAAGGAAAUUGUGAAAGAACUUGAAAAAUGGGUGCGAUUAUUUGUAUCCCUGAACAGCCAGAACUUGUUGUACAAAUACGCUCCAGCUGAUGUCUUCAUUGGCUACCACUCCGACACCUGUGCCUCCGUGGUCCUGCAGGUGACUGAGAGCCUGAAAGAGCAAUCUGAGUUUGACACUCAGAAAAGAAUUUUGGAAAAGGCCAAGCUCAUCCUUCUGAACUGCGCCACUCCAGACUCUGUAGUCCGACUAGACUGCACCACACUUCCAAGGGUUGAGACUGAGGAGUUAACCAGGAUGUAUUUUGAAGAACAAAGGCAUAGCUCCCUGGUUGACUUCAUUCACUCUCAUAGGUGGCUGGAGGAAUCAAGCUGUACUUCCUUCACAGAGGUCACAACAUUCUCAAGGCUUUUGACAGCCUCUGAUGUAGAACAGCUCCAGAAGAUAGUUGGCAAUGUUGAACUGCUCUCACUGCAACAGUUUGACACAGAACACUCUUUUCUUAAAAAAAUCAGGAAUUUUCUGGACUCUGGGCAUGGAGACAAAAUUCUUAUCAUUCAAACAGAAUUUGAUGAAGGUUCAUUGAGCACAAACCUCAUUGGAUCUGCAAAGUACUCUGCCAUGAAUGAAAUUAAUAAAUCAAGAGAAAAGGAGAGAAGAGAGGGAGUGUUUGUGUACUUCAUCACCAAACUUCCCAGAAUAGGAGGCGGAACCUCCUAUGUUGGAUUUCAUGGAGGCCCCUGGAGAUCAGCUCACAUUGACGACCUCAGGAAAUCCACAGAUAUUGUCUCAGACAUCAAAGCCUUGAGUGGACUGACCAUCAGCCAGCUUUUUGAGGAGAUGUCAGAUAAGCCUGAAUCAAUUGAGGUAGAAGACUCACACUUGAAGAACGAACAGAGUCAGACUACAGAACCCAUGAACAUGGAGGAAGAACAGGCUGAAACUUUUGAAGACAUGUAUGCAAAUGCGGAACAGACUGAUACCAUGGAAGACAUUUACAGAGAGGCGGAGCAGACUGAGACCAUGGAAGACAUUUACAGAGAGGCGGAGCAGACUGAAACCAUGCAAGACAUGGGUCUGGAACAGACUGAAACUCCACAAGAAAUGCACACAGAGACACAGCAGAUGGGAACAAGGGUACAUAUGGAACACAUGAGGGGCUUGGAGGCUGUGCUGGACACUACUACACUGGUACGCAGCUCUGUGCAAAGUGCUGUGGGGAUGCUCAGGGACCAAGUAGAUGAUGGGACCCGCAGCACCAGGAGAGUCGAGAUCCUGCUCACCCUGCUUUGUGACAACGACAACCUGAAAGCUACAUUUUUGAAAAUUACAAAGAAACGCCUUCACUCUCUGCUCCGGAUGCAUGAUGAAAACACCUUCUUACUCAAGAACUGGGUUUUCAAGGAGGCGUCCAACUUUGAUGCCCUGCAAGAAGGAGGGACUUUCAGGCACACUUUGUGGAAGAGAGUCCAGGCAGUGCUCAUCCCCUUUUUAGCCCAGCUGAUCUCUGUCAUUGACCGUGACUGCAACCUCGACCUAUUGCUUGACAUGAACUCUGGUGAAGCUGUAAAGAGGCUCUGGUUGGACAUCUUUACAAAUGAAAAGCUGCUUAUCAUUCCAUACACUAAUGUGGACAGCAGUUCCCAGACAAAAACAAUCCUGGUUCAGAGGCAUGUUAUGUCAGACAAGAACAUGGGUUGCAAUAUGCCCUUUAGCUGGAGGAUUAAGGACUAUCUGGAUGAGCUGUGGGUUUAUGCCCUACAGCGUGAAGGCCAGAGCCUGGGACAGUUUGAAGAAUUUUUCACCAAGACCCCCCUGGGUAGGUACAUAGUGGAUAAAGACAAGGAAAUGCAGAGGGAGUUUUUCCAACGAUACCUUCAGGAUUACAUCUCUAUGACAAUGAAGGUAACUUCAGAAGAACAAUUGCAGCUGCUCUGUAGAGCAUUGGCUUGCUGUGUCAAUGAGUUGAGAGGCCGACUUGAAGUAGAUGGCGACAAGGCUCCUACCCUGCCCUGGGUUCAUGCUGCAUAUGAGGAAUUCAAGAACCGCCUGCAGAACUUCUCCAGGAUGUUGACUAUUGAGCCUCAAAUGACCCAGGCUCUUCUGAGGAACCAGCAUAUCACAGUAGGGGAUGAACUGAUUUUGGAUGUAUAUGCUGCCUUGGCCAGUGUGGAGUACCUGGAACCACUGGAAUUGAACACAGACAGGCAGCGGUUAGACUGGCUGAGACGGGUGAAGAGGCUUCAAGUGCCCAUCGAGCUGGUCUGCUCUGAGGAGAAUCUGGCACGCUGCGGGGAGAGGAGCCAGGAGAUGACCCGUCUUGUCCGGAGCUGCUGGAAUCGCAUAUUUUCUCUGUCUCUGUUUGUGGAGCACAUGCUGCUGGGGAUUGAGCAGUUGGAGACGAAGCUGCAACCAGUAGUACUGGAGCACACGCAAAGACUGGGCCAGGUUUUACAGCAGAACUCCGACUUGAAGGCAAAGGUAACUUUUGAGAAAGUGAUUGAAGUACUCAAGGCUUGUAAGGAUGGAGCAAGUGAACAGAUUUUCAGGUUUGGGUUUCGGCCCUGCCCAGUCUGCUUAGGGGAUCCCCAGGAUCCCCUUAGUCUGCCCUGUGAACACAUCUACUGCCUGAAGUGCAUCAAGCAGUGGUUUCUUGUCCCAGGUCAGAUGAUGUGCCCAGUGUGCAAGCAGGAGGUCCCUGGUGAUUUUGCUUUGACGGUGUCUGAGGAUGUACGAGUUCUCAUCAAUCUGAAUGCCCAGUUCAGAAAGCAAUGCAAUGCCUUUUUCAUUGACCUGGUGUCCACCGUAUGCUUCAAGGAGAACACUCCUCCCUCCCAUGACAUCAUCCUACAUUUGCUCUCCUUCCUCACGGUGGAAGUAAACACUGUCAUCCCCUUAGUACGAAAACGCCGGCUUCUGCUGACCAAAGCUCUCUCACCUUUUGAUGACGCUGCAGACAAAAAUCCGGUGGUGCGCUCAGUGGUCCUCAAACUCCUUCUCAAGUACAGCUUUGAGAAUGUGAAAGACUACUUGCAGAGGCAUCUGGCUGGGAUUGAACAGAGCAACAUUUUGGAAGAAAAGGACAAAACUGAGCUUUACUGUCUUUACAUAAAUUGCCUUGAGGACUCCAUGUUUGAGAGAAUACAGCGUCAAACGACCACAGAGCAGCAGGUUCAUCUCCAAGAUGAGAGGGGCUUCCUGUGCCACUUCAUAGAGUGCAGUUCUCCAGCCACAGCGACCAUUGAGUACCUGCAACAGAUUGCCAGGGUGCGGCUUUCGCUGGAUUUGGCAACACAGCUUCUGGUGGACAAGGUCACUGGCUCGGCAAAUGCGGAGGAUCAGACUGUGGUCGCACCCUUCCUGGAAAGCGUGGAGGACCUGUGUGGGAAGAGUGGGAAUGACUGGUAUCGCAUCUACCUGAUCCGCAAGGUGUGCAGCCAGCAUGGCGUGGACUUCAUUCACAAGCUGCUUAAGAUGCCUGAUCUGAAGUGGCUGUUUCCGGAGGAGUUGCACCUGCAGGAUGAAGGCAGUGGGCAGAUGGACCAGUACCUUGUACACGGAGAGCAAUACAAGGAUGUCCGUGAGGCCGUUGCCAAGGCAGUGAUUGAAACCAAAAUGGAAGGAAUUGAUGAGGCCUGUGAGAAAUGUAAAUGCUCCCCAGGAAAGAGAAUUCUAUACCUGCUCCUGGCACUCUUCAGAGAAGUCACUUGUCUCUACAAAGCAGCCAAUCCCACUCUCCACCCCAAACCACAACAAUGCAAGGCUCUAGAAGCAUUCAUCCAGACCUCCAGGCUCCUUGCCAGUCUGGAGCUGAAGGCCUUUGCCAUGGACCUGGUGCACAACAGGCUUGGGAGUCUGAGUGUACAAACAGAUGCCCCUGAUGGAGGACAUGCAGUCACAGAGCUCACCAUUCACCUGGCUGCAGUGUUGUACUGUGGUAUUAACGGGGUGCUUGUGCCCCUCAGGAUGCUGGCCCAGGAGCCUGCAAAAAUGCAGGGAGCCUUCAUACCCACCAUGCCUGAGGACAUGCUUGUUGUGGCACAACAGGUGAUGGGGCAGUUGCAGUGGUAUUCUUGUCCCAAUGGUCACUAUUGCACCAUCGGUGAGUGUGGUAGGCCGAUGGAGGUGGGCCGCUGUCUGGACUGCGGUGCAGAGAUUGGAGGAAUAAACCACAACCCUGUAGCUAAUUUCAGAGUUGCUAAUAUCCAGGGCGACCGCACUCAGACAGGCCACAUUCUUGGAGAUCCCAGGAGGAGAGACAACCCAGACAUGCUGGACACCAAGAGCAUGUCCCUGGGACCCUUCACCAUCGUGAGGCUCCUGACCCAUAUGGCCAUGCUGUUGGGAGCAAACGGCCGCCAGCAGGACAUCAUAAACAUCAUCAAACCUCAAGUUCAAGACCCAAGAACAUUCCUAAUGGGCCACCUCUUGAAGGAUGUGGAGCAUCUGACCAGAACCCUGGGGAAUGGUGUCGAUGGGACAAUCAGUGCUGUCCACCUCACACUGAGACGUCUCAUGGAGCCAUACCAACCUAGUCAGUGGCCUGUACCUUAUGACGACACUCUAUCAAGUAAAGAAGCCAGAAAUGGUUGGGAGAUGGCUGUUGCCACUGACAUCAUUACUCCUCAGCUGAAGCACCUGGAGCACGAGCUAAAGGAAGUUAACACCCUCAUCAGGACAGACUCGCGCAUCUCUGCAAAUCCCAUCAUGAAGGUGAUUUUCGGGGAUCCCCGGAUCUUCCUCGCCAGUCUUCCAAAGGACAGCCUAAUUCAUGGGCCGGCCGUGUGGAGCUGCAGGGAGAGGGUGUCCCUGGUGAGCCUGGCUCACAUUGUGGAACAGAACAACGGCAAGGAAACAGUACCUCUACUCUGGAGAUUCCUGCAGAAGGAGGCGGAACUGCGGUUGGUUAAGUUCCUCCCAGACAUUCUGGCACUGCAAAUGGACCUUGUGAAGAAGUUCCAGAAUGUGACAGAUCUGACAUAUCUCACCAUCGAUGACUUUGUCAGGAACCAAAAAUCAGGAGCUCUGAUAGCUUGGUAUGAGGGGAGGAUUAGGGUUUUCUUGACAACAUGGAACCAGCUGAGACUGUCACUGGCUACCAAUGGUGAGUUAAAGAUCCCAGCAGAGUUUUGCCGUGAGGACUUGGACUUCCACAGCGACCUCCGGGUGCUACUGCCCCAGCGCCAGGGCAAGGGGCUCUGCUCCACCGCCCUGGUCAGCUACCUCAUUGCCCUGCACAACGAUCUCAUCUACGCAGUGAACAAGCACACGGGGGAGGAGACCAGCUACACUGUCAGUCCAGUGGAUCUGACCGACCUGCAUGUGAUCCGCUAUGAGCUGGAGCGUGACCUGAUCCCCCUGGUCCUGUCCAACUGCCAGUAUAGCAUGGAGCGCGGCCAGGAGAUCCUGAUGGAGUACGACCUGCCCAAGAUCCAGCAGAAAAUACUGACCCGCUUCCUCCAGGGCAAGCCCCUCAUCACCCUGAGUGGAAUCCCAACACUGGUGAACAGACAUGACAGGAACUAUGAAAACAUUUUGAAAGACAUAAAAAGAAAGGUUGGCUGGGAGCCUUUAACCUCCCUGGUGCUCACAGCGCUGGCUGGGGAACUGCCAUCGUACAGCGAUGUCUGUGAUGCCCUGACAGUUGUAGAAGUGGCCCUGGGCUUCCUGGCCAUGACGGGGGGAGAGCCCCAUAUGCAGCUGGUUCGAUACCUGCAGGACGUUCUGCAGAUGGGAGACCAGACACCCCCACACAUCCUCAAGGCUCUCAGUCGGUGCAGCCUGAAGCACUGCAUAGCCCUGUGGCAGUUCCUCACUUCACUCAAAUCAGAGACCAUGUUGCACCUUAAGAGGGACCCUUUUUCAGGGAUUCCAGAGGAUUUUAAGAAGCCCCUAAGCGGCACAGAUCAGCAGCUGCUGAAAGACUUUCUCACCAAGGGCUCUGUGGACGUCUGGCUGCUGGAAUCCCACGAGUUUCUGCUGCUGGCCCUGAAGACCCCUCGUUCAGCUGAAACGUACAAGCCCACCUGGACUCUGAAACACACGCUAGUGUCGUACAUGGAGAGGAAAGAGUGCGACGUCCCAGCCGACCUGGAGGAGUUCUUCCCGGAUGAGAUCUGUCUCUCGCACUUUGUGGAGGCCUGGAAAUUGGCUGUGGCGUUCAAACAGGAGCGGAUUCUGAAAUGAACCAUGGCGCGAAUUCCGUGGAAAGAAACACGUCCUCGUUGGUGCUCUCACCUCAGUGCCGAUAUAUUUUUUUUUUUUUUCUCCCUUCAUCUGGUAGAUGGCAUCACUUGCAAAGCAGAACAAUUAGCUACAUAUCUGUGAACAAAUAGUGUAAGAGACUAGGCUUAUGAAUAUUCAUUUGGACCAUAUAUUAACCUGACAUACUGUGUUCAAAUGGCUAUAUGGACAGGUAGACAAAAUCUUAAGGUCAUUUAAACACGUUCUACUGAACACCACCAGGAGUGUUAACGCACAGCUUCCUAAUGCAUACCGUUGAUUAAGAAAAUCGAGUGAUUUUGUUUACAUAAAUUGUGUAGUUUUUUUCAAGAGUAACUAGAAGACUUGAAAGUGUUGUUGGUUGUUAGAUUAUGCUCAGGAAUUCAUUCAGUUCCGGCGUGACAAGUGUUCCAAAUAUAUAGAUUUCUUCUGUCUUAAGUCAAGCUGACAGGUCCAGCUUGAAAACAGCUGCCUCCUGGCACUCUUGACAAGUGUCUUUGCAUCUUGUUAUGCAUUUAAUACUCAAGUUUUGGGUCCACUGGUGAAAUAGCCAAAUACUUGAUGCCAUAUUACGUAUUCUGCUCUUUUUCUUUCUUUGCACUUUGCUUUAGAUUUACCUAUUAAUCAGCUGCUUAUGUGUCAUUCCAAUACUACACUCCAUAGUUUAAAAAAUAUGCUGUUAUGAAGUUUAAUAAAUUUUUUC